CUCCCUCCCGCGGCCCCCUCCCGCCCGGCCAGCCCCGAAGAGUUGCCCGGUGGCCGCGGCAGACGGAAGCCGAGGGAGAGCCUCGGCGGCAGCAGGAUGGGGGACUCCAAAGUGAAAGUGGCCGUGCGGAUCCGGCCCAUGAACCGGAGAGAAAUUGACUUGCAUACCAAAUGUGUGGUGGAUGUAGAUGCAAACAAGGUUAUACUUAGUCCUGUAAAUACUAAUCUUUCCAAAGGAGAUGCCCGAAGCCAGCCAAAGGUGUUUGCAUAUGAUCACUGUUUCUGGUCUAUGGAUGAAUCAGUCAGAGAAAAAUAUGCAGGUCAAGAUGAUGUUUUCAAGUGCCUUGGGGAGAAUAUCCUUCAGAAUGCUUUUGAUGGUUACAAUGCAUGUAUCUUUGCCUAUGGACAGACUGGAUCUGGAAAAUCUUAUACCAUGAUGGGCACAGCUGACCAACCUGGAUUAAUUCCAAGACUUUGUAGUGGACUCUUUGAACGAACUCAGAAAGAGGAAAAUGAAGAGCAGAGUUUUAAAGUAGAAGUGUCCUAUAUGGAAAUUUAUAAUGAAAAAGUUAGAGACCUUCUUGAUCCCAAAGGAAGUCGUCAAACGUUAAAAGUCAGAGAGCACAAUGUUUUGGGACCCUAUGUCGAUGGACUUUCCAAACUGGCUGUCACAAGCUACAAGGAUAUUGAAUCUUUGAUGUCUGAGGGUAACAAAUCCCGUACCGUUGCGGCUACCAACAUGAAUGAGGAGAGCAGUCGAUCCCAUGCAGUCUUCAAAAUCACCCUUACACAUACUUUAUAUGAUGUGAAGUCUGGGACAUCUGGAGAGAAAGUGGGCAAGCUGAGCUUGGUUGAUUUAGCUGGCAGUGAGCGAGCAACGAAAACCGGGGCUGCAGGGGACAGGUUGAAGGAGGGGAGCAACAUCAACAAGUCCCUCACAACCCUCGGUCUGGUUAUCUCAGCUCUAGCAGAUCAGAGUGCUGGCAAAAACAAGAAUAAAUUUGUUCCAUAUCGUGACUCAGUUCUCACUUGGCUGCUCAAAGACAGUCUUGGGGGUAACAGCAAGACAGCCAUGGUGGCCACUGUCAGUCCAGCAGCUGAUAACUAUGAUGAAACCCUUUCAACUCUGCGGUAUGCAGAUCGAGCCAAGAACAUCGUGAACCAUGCUGUGGUGAAUGAGGAUCCUAAUGCACGAAUUAUCCGGGAUCUCCGGGAAGAAGUAGAAAAGCUCCGAGAGCAGCUAACCAAAGCAGAGGCAAUGAAAUCUCCAGAACUAAAAGACCGACUAGAAGAAUCAGAGAAGCUAAUCCAGGAAAUGACUGUGACCUGGGAGGAGAAACUGAGGAAAACCGAGGAGAUUGCACAGGAGCGACAGAAACAGCUUGAGAGUCUUGGAAUAUCUCUUCAGUCUUCUGGGAUUAAAGUUGGGGAUGAUAAAUGCUUCCUUGUUAAUCUGAAUGCUGAUCCUGCUCUGAAUGAACUUCUGGUUUAUUAUUUAAAGGAACACACAUUGAUAGGCUCAGCAAAUUCCCAAGAUAUCCAGCUAUGUGGCAUGGGAAUUCUUCCUGAACAUUGUAUUAUAGACAUCACAGCAGAAGGCCAGGUCAUGCUGACUCCUCAGAAGAAUACCAGAACAUUUGUAAAUGGCUCUUCUGUAUCUAGUCCUAUACAACUCCAUCAUGGGGACAGGAUUCUCUGGGGAAACAACCACUUCUUCAGACUGAAUUUGCCUAAAAAGAAAAAGAAAGCAGAUCGAGAGGAUGAGGAACACGACAUGUCCAUGAAGAAUGAUAUCAGUUCUGAGCAGCUGGAUAUAGAUGGAGACUCCUCCAGUGAGGUGUCCAGUGAAAUCAACUUCAAUUAUGAAUAUGCGCAAAUGGAGGUUACCAUGAAGGCUCUGGGGAAUAAUGAUCCAAUGCAGUCCAUAUUGAACAGCCUAGAACAACAGCAUGAAGAAGAAAAACGAUCCGCGUUGGAGCGCCAGAGGCUUAUGUAUGAACAUGAAUUGGAGCAGCUACGACGAAGGCUGUCUCCUGAGAAACAGAACUGUCGUAGUGGGGACCGGUUUUCUUUCCACUCACCCAGUGCUCAGCAGCGAUUGAGACAGUGGGCUGAAGAGAGAGAAGCAACGCUGAAUAACAGCCUGAUGAGGCUGAGGGAACAAAUUGUGAAAGCCAAUCUGUUGGUGAGAGAAGCUAGUUACAUUGCAGAGGAGCUGGAUAAAAGAACAGAGUAUAAAGUGACCCUGCAGAUUCCAGCCUCCAGCCUGGAUGCCAACAGGAAGCGAGGCUCUCUUCUUAGUGAACCUGCAAUCCAGGUGAGAAGAAAAGGAAAAGGAAAACAGAUUUGGUCUUUAGAAAAACUGGACAAUAGGUUGCUGGAUAUGAGAGACCUUUAUCAGGAGUGGAAGGAGUGCGAAGAAGAUACCCCGGUCAUACGGUCUUACUUCAAGCGUGCUGAUCCAUUCUAUGAUGAGCAGGAAAAUCACAGUCUCAUUGGGGUGGCGAAUGUUUUCCUCGAGUCCCUCUUCUAUGACGUGAAGUUACAGUAUGCUGUUCCAAUUGUCAACCAGAAAGGAGAGGUGGCAGGUCGGCUGCAUGUCGAGGUGAUGCGAAUCAGUGGUGACAUUGGGGAAAGAAUUGCUGGAGGUGAUGACACCUCAGACCUCUCCUGUGAUAAGGAAACCCAGGAGAAUAGACUUGUGUGCAUGGUUAAAAUACUCCAAGCCACUGGGUUGCCACAGCAUCUGUCCCACUUUGUGUUCUGCAAGUACAACUUUUGGGAUCAACAGGAGCCAGUAAUUGUUGCACCUGAAGUUGAUACCUCCUCCUCCUCUCCUGUCAGCAAGGAGCCUCAGUGCAUGGUUGUCUUUGAUCAUUGCAAUGAGUUUUCUGUUAACAUUACUGAAGACUUCAUUGAACAUCUUUCAGAAGGGGCAUUGGCAAUUGAAGUAUAUGGCCAUAAGAUGAAUGAUCCUCGGAAAAACCCAGCCCUGUGGGAUUUGGGGAUUAUCCAAGCAAAAACACGUAGUCUUCGAGACAGAUGGAGUGAAGUUACCAGAAAAGUGGAGUUCUGGGUCCAAAUCUUGGAACAGAAUGAGAAUGGCGAAUACUGCCCUGUAGAAGUAAUUUCUGCAAAGGAUGUGCCAACAGGAGGAAUCUUUCAACUCCGGCAGGGACAGUCCCGGCGAGUCCAAGUUGAAGUGAAGUCUGUGCAGGAAUCUGGGACUUUACCAUUGAUGGAAGAAUGUAUAUUGUCUGUUGGCAUUGGAUGUGUAAAAGUUAGAACACUGAGAUCCCUGAAGACUCAUGAGACCUUUCAUGAGGAAGAGGAGGAUAUGGACAGCUACCAGGAUCGGGAUUUAGAGAGACUGCGUCGAAAAUGGCUAAAUGCGUUAACAAAACGUCAGGAAUACUUAGAUCAACAACUGCAGAAGCUUGUCAGUAAACAUGAUAAAACAGAGGAUGAUGCUGACCGUGAAGCGCAACUUCUAGAGAUGAGGCUGACUCUGACUGAGGAGCGAAACGCAGUCAUGGUCCCCUCUGCUGGCAGUGGCAUUCCAGGGGCCCCAGCAGAAUGGACCCCAGUUCCUGGGAUGGAAACACACAUUCCUGUUAUAUUCCUCGACUUAAAUGCUGAUGAUUUCAGUUCCCAAGAUAAUCUUGAUGACCCAGAAGCUGGUGGAUGGGAUGCUACCCUAACCGGGGAAGAAGAGGAUGAGUUCUUUGAACUGCAGAUUGUAAAACAGCAUGAUGGAGAGGUGAGAGCAGAAGCCUCUUGGGACUCUGCCGUGCACAGCUGUCCUCAGCUCAGUAAAGGCACCCCAGCAGAUGAGCGCGUGUAUCUGAUCGUGCGGGUGACAGUCCAGCUCAGCCAUCCGGCCGACAUGCAGCUGGUAUUACGGAAACGAAUUUGUGUCCAUGUUCAUGGCCGGCAGGGUUUUGCUCAGAGUCUCCUAAAAAAGAUGUCACAUCGAAGUUCUAUUCCUGGCUGUGGAGUGACUUUUGAAAUUGUCUCCAAUAUUCCAGAGGAUGCCCAGGGAGUAGAGGAACGAGAAACAUUAGCAAGAAUGGCAGCUAAUGUUGAAAACACAGCUUCUGCUGACUCAGAGGCUUAUAUUGAAAAAUACCUCAGAAGUGUGCUGGCUGUGGAGAACCUUCUCACUUUAGAUCGUCUCCGCCAGGAAGUUACAGUGAAGGAACAGUUGACAGGAAAGGGGAAGCUGAGUAGGAGGAGUAUUAGCUCUCCCAACGUGAACAGAUUGUCUGGCAGCCGACAAGAUCUUAUUCCAUCCUAUAGUCUAGGCAGCAAUAAGUUUUCAGAGAUCCAGGGACAGGGCCGAUGGGAGAGUCAACAGGAUGUAUCACAAACUGCAGUCUCCAGAGGAAUAGCUCCAGUUGCCCCAUCCCUUCCUGACUGUCCCCCAAAUAACCAUCCUCCUGACCCAGGACUUAGUAGCCUAGCGGCCUCCUACUUGAAUCCAGUAAAAUCCUUUGUGCCACAGAUGCCAAAGCUCUUGAAGUCUCUCUUCCCUGUCCGCGAUGAGAAAAGGGGCAAACAGCCUUCUCCCCUUGCACAUCAGCCCGUGCCCCGAGUCAUGGUGCAGUGUGCCCUUGCGGACGCCGGGGCCACCGGAGCUCUGGAGGCUCCCAGUGUGGCCCCCGCGGUGACUGUGCCCCCGGCCCCCGUGAAGCUCCACGACAGACCGACUAAAGUGCCCGCGCCGCAGGCUACGGAGGUGCAAGAGGGGCCGCCCAGUCCCCUGAGCGAGGCCUCCAGCGGCUACUUUUCCCACAGCGUCUCCUCCGCCACGCUGUCCGAUGCGUUCACCCUUGGCCUGGAUGGUGCGGCCGCCGCGGGCGGGCAGACCCCCGGCUCGCCGCCGCCCACCCUCUGCCAGGCCACCCCUGAGACGGAGCUCCCACUUCCACCCGCGGCCGCUGUGGCUGACAGUGACCUUCCUGCCCGCCCGCUCAGCCGGAGCUGCCUUCUGUCACUGCCGGUCCCGGCAAAGCAGGAUGCGUGGGGUGACAGCAAUGGCUCCUGCGACACCAAGGAGCCGGUGUCCUCGGAGAAGGAAGAUGCAGGUGCACCCCCGACAUCUCUCCCAACUUGCGCCCCCCAGAAGGAAUCAUGCAGCCGGCAGAGCGGGGGCGAGGAGCGGCUGGGAAGGCCAGAGGACCGCGCGAAGCCGGCUGCCGGCUCAGAGCUGGACGUCUCCAAACCACAGGUGCCUCCCGACCUCCUGUCUCCAUCCCCUGCUCCCUCGUCCCCGUUCAGAAUCCAGAAGGUGCGGACCUCCGAGCUGAAGUCCUUCACACGCAUGCUGGGCGGAGACCCUAGCUGCUCCUCCACGGCGGAGGAGGACCUACUGGCCUCAGGGGCGCUGGGCGACAGUGGGGCACGGGCACCAGCCCUGGGAAAGCUGGAAGUUUCCUCUGAUUCUGAAGAAGCCAGCGAAGUCCCAGAGUGGCUCAAAGAGGGAGAAUAUGUCACUGUGGGCACCAACAAAAUGGGCAUCGUGAGAUACAUCGGCCCCACCGACUUUCAGGAGGGGACGUGGGUCGGAGUGGAGCUGGACUUACCUUCAGGUAAGAAUGACGGCUCCAUCGGCGGGAAGCAGUACUUCAAGUGCAACCCCGGCUACGGGCUGCUGGUGAGGCCAGGCCGGGUGCGCAGAGCAGUGGGCGCGGGCCGGCGGCGCAGCGCGGGGCUCCGGCUGCAGGGUGCCCCUGAACCCCGCAGGAGCAGCACUCUCUCCGGCUCCACCACCAACCUGGCCUCUCUGACGGCGGCUCUGGCCAAGGCAGAGGGCACUAUGGCGCUGAGGGCCGACAGGAGCCAUAAGAACCCCGAGAACCGAAAAUCCUGGGCCAGCUAAACCAGUGCUGGGCACCACACACCGCCCCCCCUCAACCCCGGGUUGCCUCUUCCCAGGCUGCCAGUCUGCUUCCUUCUGCUUCCCAGGCAGAGGCUGACAGGCGGGGGGGUGCCUUUUCGGAGCCUUGCCAGUGACAGCCCUGGGGUGGAGUUGGGAUCUGAGUGGGCAGGGACACCUCAAAGCCCCUUCCGUGGGGAGCAUGGCGAGGUGUCCUUUCUGCACCACGAAGGGCUGCUGACCUCUCCCUGCUCCUCCCAGGACUCUGGAAGCUUCAGGUCUUCCUCUGCCCAGAAAAUGGGGAGGCACCUCAGCAAUGUAGAGGGGUUGAUGGUUCUAGGAGCCCAGAGCAGUCCUGGAUUGUCAGUGUCAGUGAGGCCCAUGCCUUGGGUUUUCCCCUGGGAUUGUUAUUCUUUUUUUCUGUUCCGAUGACCCCAUUAACAUCUUAACCAUCCCAGUGCCUUUCUCUCCCUGCAGAGGUGGGGCCUCCUCCCUGUGCCUCCAGAACCAGCACCCAGCAGACCCACGCUGGUUCUGGCUUGCUCCCUAGGCUCACUGUAUCCCUCUGACCCCCGGAGUCCCUACACCAAGUAACAAGCUCCCAUAAGUGCCUCUGGCUGGCCUCCUGGGGCUCCUGGCACAGGGUCCUGGGUGCCCUAGCAAGGGGCUCUGGGCCUGGCCCCUCCCAUCCUCCUCUCUUCCUUUCCACAGGGUUUCUUAGGGCUUUCUUUGUGGGUGUGUUAGUGUCUUAAUACCUGCAAAGUGUUUUCUCUUUUCCAUUUAUUCCCUAACAGAGUGCUUGGAAUAUAUUUAUUUAUAUUUAUUUUUUCAAAAUCCAAAAUCACUCGCGAGCCACAAUCGCCUGCCCAGGCAAGAGUGCCCAGGACUUGCCUUGCACCUCGGCAGCCUGUGACGUCACUCAGAGGGUGCAGGUUCCCAGAGGGGCGAGAGGGUGAUGCCCCUCCUUAUGUCAUGACUGACGCAGAUACACCAGUGGCCUUCCUCUAAGGUAACAGUGACAACUUGGAGAAUUACUUUAUUGUGCUUCUGCAGUAACGAAGUCAGAGGCAUCACGACCUUAUUUGGUGCAAUUCUGGUUUCUUAGAAGGACCUUAGACUAGUUUCACUUUUUGGCAGUUCUCUACCCUGACUCCCUGACCCGAGCCUGGAGGACUGUGGCCUCGAAGGGCUCCCUACAUCCCUGCGGCUGGCCUUUGCCGAACCACAGACGUGGCCCGGACAAUACGAGCCCUUCAACAGCAUUGCCCCCCCUCCUGCCCUGGAGCCCUUUCCUGCCAGGCGCACUGGGGAAGGCGUCUGUGGAGGCGGGCAGAAAGCCGGAGCCUUGCAGGCCUGGGUGGUGCGUGGCCCUGAGGGGGACGUGCUGGCUGGGCAGCGGAGCCGCAGGGUACUAGGGCCGAUGGGGCCCUUCCAUGGCAGAGCCACUGCUUCUCCUACUUUCUGCAGCCCUAGUCCAGUGGCCACCUGCCCUGGGCGUCCUCACCAGGGCCUGAUGGACCCCAGCUGUCAGCAGGAGCCUGGUGGACACAUGGCUGCUCAGGCCCACAGCCCUGGGUCAGGAUUCGUACACAGCACUCCUGGAAGGCCUGUUUUUAGUUCUCACGUUUAGACUCUUAAAAAACGAUGCCCAGAAAGGCUUUUCUGAAAGGUCUCAUUCUCUAGGGAUUGGAAGCCCCUCCUGAACAGUAAUUCCAGGUUCCCUGCCCCUGAGUGAGGCUGUUUGGGGCCCACGGCCUGCUGGGGAAGCAGAGACCCAUGGGCCCCCCCAGGUGUGCGGCUGCUGCAGGCUUGAUCCCCCAGGGAGGAGCCCGAGAUUAAUUAACUCCCAUUAAUUACACGUGGCGGUGCCCGCCCACCGCUGGGCCCAGCUUGCGCCAGGUGGAGCGCUGCCGCUCCCGCCCCGCCCCACCUCCCCGGCCCGCGAUUGGACCUCUGCCCGGGAGGUCCACGCUCGGCGCCUUCCCAGGACCUCGGCCUCGCAGACCCAAAGCGCGAGCUGCCCCCCGAGGAUGGGGCCGGAGCUACACCCCCGGGCGUAGCUUCAGCUCCGCAGAUGUUCGUGGUUGCCGAGCUGGAAGGGAACUUCUCAAGGGGAACAGGCUGAAACCGAGGAGAGUUCAGCGCUGCUUUCCAGCUUGUAGAAGCGCCAGCAUCGGACUCCCAGCGCGGCGCUCUCAGCUGUUCCCCAGAAGCACCGGCCCCUCCUCACAGCAUCCUGGCUGCCCUCCCACCGCCUGGGGCCCCGGCGCUCUGAGCGCCUAGCUCCCCCGGGACCAAGCCUUCGCAGUCCCGUCCUCGCCCGCAGGGGGCCGUUGGCCCUGCAGGUCGGUGUCUCAGUUCCUCCGGUCGUGGCGGCCACGAGCGUAUUGGGGCUGGUGGUGUGCCCCCGGGAGGGCCGGCCUGGGCCCCUACUGGGCGCCCCUGGUGUGAGGGGAUCCCGCCCGGGCGGCAGCUACGCCCCCGCGGUCUUGCAUGCUUUGGGUCCUGGGCUCUGCUCUUCUGCUUAACGUCCUUCCCGGCGCAGAAGUCUUCUAACAACCGGUCUCUGUGGACACCAGCAUCCGUGUGGUUCAUGGACGUAGGUCCCGCCACUGCCCAUUUCUCUGAGGGGAGCAGCUCUUGCUCCCGCAGCCUCGGGUUACCUGCCUGUGGGCCCACAUCACCCACCAGGCUCCCUGGGGAGAACCAAUGGAAGGUGGCUUGGCCCUUCCUGAUCCUCACUGGGCAAAGUACUUGCUGGAGCCCAACUGCCGGUAACGUGGCACCGACCACGCUCUGUGGAACCGUCUGGGGGAGGUCAGUUGGGAGGCGAGGGCUGUGGUUCUCGCUCUGUCACUAGGGUUAGUUCAGAUGCAGCAGACCGUGAUGGAAUUCUGGGCUGGAUCAGGGUUUUAGGGGGCCAGAGCUUGCAGGGACAGUGGAAGAGCCUGGACAGACAGUUCAGAGCAGCCCUGGCAUGGGAAGACUUUCCAGACCACCUCUCUCUGCCAUGCUCCCCACCUCCCCUUUGCCUGGGGCCAGCUUCGGGCCAUGCUGGGCCUUUGAGCACCUAACCGAGCGCCGGGCGGGGCAGCUCUGUCGCCUUCCUGGGUGGGAAGGUUGUCGGUCCUCCUGGGGGGAAGGUGCUACAGCGGCUUCUUGCCAGGGGUUUCCUGCGAGCGGAGUGAGCUUUGGGAUCUGUCCCGCAGCAUGUGAGAGAGGAGCGGAACGUCUCCUGUAGGUGUUCUUGGGCUGUCACCAGGGCUGGGCGGUCACCAGUGCCUGGAGAAGCGGGUGUGGCUCUUGUGCCCCAGCUGUGGCCCCGCGGGCACCCUGGCAGCCAUGAGGGCUGGGCCGGAUCCUUGCAGGGACAGGGUUUGCGGCCCUGAGCCUCCUCUCUUCGUGCUCCGCUGCCGGAACUUCCCUUCCAGCCCACGUGUCGGUGGAUAACGCGGGGUGCUGGUGUCACUCCGUUGCAGUCUGCUGUCUUCCUGGGCAGCCCGGGGUAGCCCCGCUCCUUCCCCGGGAGAGUGAUACAAGUCAGAUGGAGGCCUCCGUCCUGCUUGGUCUGUGGCGUUCGCUCUGGCUUCUUGGUGCAGACUCAACGGUAACUCGUUACUGGAAAGCAGUGACAUGAAGUAGACAUGGUCACUAAAGCCAUAGCCCAGGCAGUCCCCACAACCCAGCAUUUAUUGGGCCAGAGGAGCCGUCUUUUGGGUCGUGUGAUCAUGGGAGAGAGAGGGAAGGGCCCCAUUUCCUGUCUUCUGUUCUCUCCUUACGGGUGUUAUGUUAAAUGAUGUGUCAACGCUAGGAUUCCGGACGUGGUUCCGGCAGGUCCCAGACUCUGGAAUUGGGGGUGACAGCAAGAGGGGAUGGGCUGCCUGGCCACAGGUGCAGAAUGAGGACUUGUCAGAGGCCAGAUAGGGGCUGCAGUGGGGACAGCUGUCCAGAAUCCCAGCCUGGCCAGAGGGCGAGGGAGCAGAAGGAAGCACAGUCAGCGCGUGUAACCGGGGCCAGCCAUGAAGGGCCUCGUGUGUUUGCUGAGAGCUUGGAGCAUCCAUUGAGCUGUGAAUGGGACCCUUGCAGAUUUGAAAGGCUUUAGGUGUUUCCAUCCCCCAUUACUCCCCUUCCUCUUCUCCUCUUGGCUUAAUGUUCGUUGUGAGACCCACAAGAAGUUCAAGGGUAUUUAUUUUCCUGGCUAAGAUUAGCCCUACUUGCCUGAGGUCGCUUGAGGCCUGCAUCUUGGACAGGGAGUGCCCAAGGAGGCGGCCAUCUGUCUGUCGUGCCUUACCCUGGGGACGGCGAGUGCAGCCUGUCUUCUGUGCCCAAAGACCCCGGCUCGAUGAUCUCCACAGGUCUCUUUCUCUCAGAGAAGUCCAUCGUGCCUUUAGCCGGGCUGCUGACACUAAUUUUGUGGGGAGGGUCUUGGAACAGUUCUGUAAAUAGGAUGGGUUCACGUAUAACGAAGUGGUUCUGAUUGGGGGACUGUAUUGAUUUGCUGCACAUGAAAUGGGAGUUUAAAAAAAUCCAAAGACUCUCUAAUGAAUUGUAAAGACUGAAUGAUUUGUAUUAUAAAAUGAACUAAACCUCUGUAAUUUUGUACCAUAUAUGCCUUUCUGUCAUAUGACCAGCAGCCUCUAAAUAAAACCCGAUUUCGUGCCUA